AUGAUGUUGAAGAAUCCACAGAAUACUUAUAGAACAUCCAUUAUUGUACCAGAUAUUUUUCUCCAACAAAUUUUAAAGCUAUUACAUCACGACGAUUCUCAAAAUAUUCAAAAAGUUUAUGUUUAUUCUAGUGAAAUCAGAAAGCAAAAUAAUGUUCAACAUAUUUUACCAUCGUACACAGAAUAUAGGCAGGUGCAGUUGGUAUUUACAUUAGAUGAAUUAAUAGAAACUUUGAAAAAGGAUACUAAUCUGAAUUUAAAAUGUCAACAACAGAAAAUGUUCAGUUUAGUGGAUAAACAAGAUUCAACUACGGGUGACAGCUUAAAUUGGUGGACUGGUUUAAUUCUUUUCUUAGUUCAUGCCGAUUAUCCAGAAAACUAUAUGCAAGAGAAAUUGAUUCAUGAACUGGAAAUUUAUUAUUUUGGCAACGAACAUCACACAAAAUUAUUAAAAGAAAUGAAACAAACGUAUACAGCUGGUCAAGCAAUUCAUUGGUAUACACGUCCAAACUUUACACUAUUUUCAAUACUGAAUAAAGCAAUGAGACAACACAAUAUUCAGGUAGCAUUUCUAUUUGGAUCAUAUUUAAAAGAUUUAUUUCUUCAACUGAAGCAGCUGCAUAGAUUAUACAUUGAUAAGCAAGAAGAGCAACAGCAGGAGCCUAUCCUUAGAGUUUAUCGUGGUCAAUUAAUGUCAAAAAGUGAAUUAAAAUCAUUGUCGCGGGCCUCAGCAAAUAUUAUGAUAACAACAAAUAGUUUUCUUUCUACAAGUAUGGAUCGACAGCUUUCAGAGAUAUUCAUAGAUACCACACAUCAUGAUGAUGACGAUGAACAUAAUGGUAUUCUAUUUGAAAUUGAAUUAAGAUCUGAUUCCGACCCAAAAUCACAGAUAUUUGCCAGUAUAAAACAUUUAAGCUGUGUUGAAGAUGAAAAUGAAGUUUUAUUUAUGAUUGGUACAUACUUCAACAUCAAAAAAGAGGAUGACAAUGUUGAUCUAAAUCAACCGUAUCGGAUGAUAAAAUUAACUUUAAAUGAUUAUAUAGAUAAAACUAAAUUUGAAAUACUAUCAUCAAAUAAUCAUGGUUUGAAUUUGAAACGUGAGAUUAGUAGACGUUUCAUGCAAGCAUCUUUCUAUAACGCAUCGAUUGAAGAAAUAAAUUUAACCUUUAUAAAUAUAUUACGAUUAUAUCCAAAUGAAGAAUUAUGUAUCGAGUGUUAUGAUAAAAUCAUUGUUAAAUUUGAAAGUAUUAACGAUGAUCGAAAUGAACAAGAGCAAUUUUUAAAAUAUGAUAAAGUUUACGGUAAAUGUGCCAAUUACUAUUUGGAUAAUCCAUUUAAUGAUACGAACUAUGGUGGAAAAGCACUUAACUAUCGUCAACGUGAAAUUAAAAUGCGAAUUUAUUGUCAGUUAGAAGAUGAUGAAUACACUGCCGUAUGCUGUUAUAAUAUUGCUUUAAUCUAUGAGAAAGAAUUAUCUGAUUAUGAUUCUGCUAUUGAAAAAUAUACAAAGGCACUAGAGAUAUUUUUAAAACAAGAUGCGCCAUAUCAUCAUUGGUUAUAUAGGAUUUAUGAACGUAUAGUUGACAUUUAUAUUGAACAGAAAGCUGAUUAUAUUUCUGCCUAUAUCAAUUAUAUUACAGUACAUAAAAACAAAUUACUGUACUGGACAGCAGAUGAUCACAGUGAUGAUAAAUGUAAUAAAAACUAUAAAUUGAAAGAAAUAUACACAAGUUUUGAAAAAUUUGCAAUGAUUUAUGAGUAUUUAAAAUUAUAUGAUCUAGCCGAAGAAAAUCUUCGAAUAGCGAUAACAUUUUAUGAACGAAAUACGCUGCGAUUUAUAAUGGAAACAGAUAAUCUUUGA